GUAGCAUCUCCCUUCGUUGUCGACACAGCACAAGUUGAACACAUGUUCCAUGGACAAUUUCAUUAUCAAUAUUCGCUAGGUAUUCCAUUGAUUCCACUGAUUCUGAGUCAAGGCGUGGUUAGCAACGCCAACGUCUUGUACCUUCGUCGUCUUGCUCCGUGGUGUCUAUUCAACGCGUCUUGCAUCCCCCAAGGGUAGUUGGCUCCAUCAAUAGGGAUAAUUAUUGAACGAAUUCUUCACAAUAUCAGUUAUCCCCAAUUUGAAGCAGCGUAUCUAUUGGAAUAUUUCAGUGUUCGGUUUUGCAUUCAUAGGACUCUUUUAUUUUGCAAAAGUCGAACAUAGCAUUGAUUAGCAUGAUUAUAUAGAAUACGGAGAGAAGAGAGCAUGGAGUGGUGUUAGUUUGAUUGUUCACGUUCGGCAUAUGAUUUCGAUCCAUCAGCUUAAAAGUUGAAUUCCCAAGCGUAGGGCAUUCGUUACAAUUCAUCAUUUAUUCACUUACCAUAGCAUGUUAUUCAUAUUUGAGAUUUUCCCGCAGAUGAGCGAGCAAAAGAAGAGAUAGGUGACCCAGGAUCGUUCUUGUGCUCACUGGUGUGGUAGCGAGAAGUGUUAGCAAUUAGGUCAAUGAGCCUUUUUUCUGAGGACUCUGAGUCAACGCAUCGAAACAAUUGGAAACCAUCUUUUAUUCCUUUCGGUUCAAACCGUCCACCCCUGUCAUUUUCGUCUCUCAUGAAUUAGGUUACAUCUCGCUCGACCCGAUCACUUUGAUCUGCCGUCAUAGUAGUAAUAUAAUCAUCGGGUAACCAUCGGAGCAUGUCUGUCCCCCGCAUUUAUCUUAUCGAUUACUUCCUCAGUCGCAAUUGUUCUCGCAUGUAGUAUGUAUCAGGUACAAUCAAUUCAGUGGGUUGAAUCGAUAAAGUGUAAUGAUGUGAAGUUAUCAAAAACAACAACAACAACAACAGCAGUAGAACCCAACAAAAAUAAAAAUCGGUUUUAAGCUAUCAUCUUUAAAAGGUUAAGCACUUUUGAGGGAGCCAUUUAACAUCAUCCAAAAUUGAUGUCCGUGAAAGAUCGUUAUGAACUGUGUAUUGGAAAUAUCGAUAUAUGGUGGCAUGGAUAGAAAAUUCAAUAAUUUUUACGAUAGAAUGCGCUUUAUUUUCGUCCAGUGUUUUAAAAAUCUGAAAUGAUGGGUUUGCACAAAGAACUUGUCAACAUUUGAUGGAACCUGCAUAGAGAUACAAUAAUCAGAAAAAUGCGGAAGAAAUGGAAUAUUCUUAAGAGCGUAUGCUUGGAUGUGAAAUAUACGUUGCCAAAGUUGAGCAGGGGAGUGUUGCCAGAAAACGUUAGAAUUGUGAAACAAGUCGGAUUAGUUUACAAAGUACAGUUCUUGAUGACCAUGGGUGCAAAUUUAAAUUUGAACUUGAACUUUUAGAAUGCGAUGUAGAAAAUAACUCGCGGAUUGUUGUAUAAGACUGUUUUUAGCAACAAUCGAACUUCGUGUGUCUUUUAAAUGGGGCAGGAAAAUAUCUAAAUACAUCGCACAAAUUUGUGUUUUGUGGUAGACUCAAAAUGAGGAACCGAUCAGGAGACAUUAUGCUGUACUGUGGCUGGCACUUUUCCUCCCAAGCGUUGUUUAAAGACAGCGCCAAAUUCUAAGUGCUGUGGUUCAGUCGCCGUUUUCCACGGUUUUGUCUGGACGUACAUUUCAGGUUGACUUCUGAAACUUAACGUUUACUUGAGGAACGCUGACCGAUCAUGAACAAAAACUGACAACAUGCCGGUAAUUUAUCACUUGAUGCCGCGUCGCAUCGAGGAUUGUUGUGCUAGUCUUAGUGCUUAUGUGAUCUUCAGAGGAACUUCAGAGGAAACAAAAUUUAUUUAUCGAAAUGAGAAAAUGUUCUUGAUACCUUUUCUCUUUUGAAUUUGACAUUUGAGACGAAAAUUGACACAAUGUCGGGAAUAUGUCGUGUCGGGUCGAGGAUCAGUGUGGCUGGUCGAAAGAAGUCAAACUGUAGUGAAUAUUCCGCUUGCUCCUUCUACUCGCUUAGCUCAAUGAACACUUCCUUUGAUAACGAGGAGAAGAGGAAAACAUCAACGACGUCGGUUGUUACCACGACAACGUAUCAGCCAGUACGUCAGCAGUACCAGUACAAGUACAGGACGUAUCGAAAGGCCCUGAAACCUAUUAAGUUUGGCGAGCCCCAGGAUGACGAAAAAAGCCUCUGCGCGAGUGAGUUGUCGGGGGACUUCAGCUUGGACAAUCCAUCAUAUGGGUCGAUCAUCCUACAGAUCCAAGAGGCCAACGUUGAGGCGGACGGCACGUGUGAUUUUAUAUGGAAGGCCUUUGAGAUUAUAGGAAACACGCUUUUAAUAACGGUGCUCUUAGGUAUAUUCAUGGCACUGCCGGUAGCAAUGAUAUCAGUUGGUGUGAAGUAUCUUCACGAGUGCCCACGGGAACCGAAAAUCCCAAUCUAUCUCCUUGUAGGAGGGUGCUUUGGACUCUUGAAACUCCUUUCAUUACUUUGGAAACAGGUGAAAUCUCGCCGCUACGAGAGGUUGGACGAGAUCUACGACACAGAAGAAGAUGGCGCCAGUGGUCUGACAUCUAAGUCAUCAACAUUCACCGAUGUUGUGCUGAGUCUGUUUUUGUUCAUUUGGUUCGUUUUUGGAAAUUAUUGGGUGAUUUCGGUGUGGGAGCCAAACUAUAAACAGUUGCUGUACGAGCCUAGCAACUGGUGUGAUAAGACGGUGUAUCUUUUCGCCUUUAGCCAGAUAAUGGCCUGUUAUUGCCUUAUGGUUCUCAUUGCCUUCUGCAUCUGCAUUUUAACCCUCUGCCACCGAUAUACUGUUAUGUUUGAGAAAUCAUGAUUCGGGACAUGGAGUGUGAUCUCACGGACUCUGAUGCAGACCUAUUGUGACUCCUCGUUUUCUUGGGGACAUUUCUAUCUUUAAAGUUUAUAAGAAUCAUUUUGCGUUGCAGCAACAUUCUUUUAAAUUCAAAUUCAGAUGUUUAUGGGCUCUCUUUUGUCGCUCGUAUGUUUGCUAAGUAACCUUCACUAAAACAUUUAUAAUCAAUCUUGUAAAUAUUUGUAUGAACAUUGUUAUAUUUUGGUGUUUCUAUGGUGCAGUGAUCCUACUAAUGAUUACGGUAGUCUUAUCGAGUU